CUUCAAAAUGGCGUCAAGCAAAAGAAAGCAAGAUGAGAAACACCUCAAAAUGUUACGAGAAAUGGCAGCGCUACCUCCGAACAAACAGUGCUUCGACUGCCAUCAAAGAGGUCCAACCUAUGUCAACAUGACGACGGGUGCAUUUGUCUGCACGUCGUGCAGUGGCAUCUUGAGAGGUUUAAAUCCUCCACACAGAGUUAAAUCCAUAUCAAUGGCCAGUUUUACACCAGAUGAAAUGGAUUUUUUAAUAUGUCAUGGAAAUGAGUUUUGUAGAAAAGUAUAUUUAGGACUUUAUGACAACAGAUCAGGAGCAGAACCAGACUCAAGAGAUGAACAAAAAGUAAAAGAUUUCAUGAUACAUAAAUAUGAGAGAAAACGAUAUUAUGUUGCACCUACAGAUGCAAUGAAAACAGAAGCAAAACAGGUUAAUGAGGCUUCCAUGAAUAAACAGACAACAACUAAACCAUUGAGAGCAUUAUUAGGAGAAAAAGGUCCCAGUCUUAUAGUUCAUCAAAAUGAUCAGUCACCGAAAAUAACAUUAAAGAGUCAGGCUGCAUCAGUACCAGGGCAGAUAACUCUAGGUCAACAGCCAACAAAAGACGCUUCAUUCCAGUCCCCAGGACAACAAAGUCAGUCCUCACAGUCUUCAGGGUCAGCUACAAUGGAUUUAUUAGGAGAUUUAGGGGGAGAUCCAUUUGGUUCUUCAUCUUCAACUCCAUCACAGCCUUCAGGGGCAGGAGAUCAUGUUGCAGGUGGAUUUGCUGACUUUGCUAGUUUUAAUCAGUUUGGAGCACAGCCUACACCAGCACAGCCACCAGUACAAUCUUCAUUCCCAGGUUUCCAGGCUCCUCCUAGCAAUCCUUUAGUACCAAUGGGUAAUACUCCCUCAGGGUCAGCACCUCUGACAAAUGGAUCAACGGCUCAAGCUAUAUCCAUUCCAGUACCCUCUGGUGGUGAUAAAUACUCGGCUUUAACAGAUCUGUUUAGUUCUUCUCCAUUGUCGUCGGCACCUCCACCGGUUAGUUCAAAUGUGAACUGGGCAGGAGGAUCAAGUGCAGAAAUUAAUUGGGGAGGAGGUGGAGCUAAUACUUCUGCUGGGGGUGGUAGUCUUAAUUGGAAUAGCAGUAGUAGUGGUCAGGGAGGUGGCUGGAACAGUACUAGUACCGCAUCAUCUACUAAUCAAGGAGUUGAUUGGAUGUCACCGACUAAUACUUCUAGUUCAACAAAUGCUUUUCCUGGCACAGGUGGAACACCAAAUCCUUUUGGAGGUAGUGUAUCUAGUGUGUCACAAGGUGGAGCUGGUGUUAGUAAUCCAUUUGGAAGUGGGCAACCAGGAGGUUUUGGGCAAACACCAGUAUCUAAUCAAAUGCAAGGGUUUGGGCAACAACAGCCAACUGGAUUUGGACAACCUACUCAUCAGCCAGCAUUUGGACAGCCCUCAGGGUUUGGGCAGCCUGCCAGUUCAGCUGCAGGAUUUGGACAGCAACCUGCAGGUUUUGGACAGCAAGCAGCAGGUUUUGGACAACAUGGUCAACCGGCUGCUGGGGGAUUUAACCAAACACCUGCAAGUUCUGCAGGUUUUGGGGGACAACCUGCUGGUUUUGGACAGCAAGGUCAACCUGCUGCAGGUUUUGGAGGACAACAAGCUGGGUGGGGAGGGGGUCAACAACAGCCAGGUUUUGGACAGUUUCAAAUGCAAAAUGGAGGGUUUUCAAGUGCUGCAGGAUUUGGGGGACAGCCAGUGCCUGCAAACUAUGGAAAUACAAUGACAACACCUUCAGCACAGUCAAAUAAAAUGGGAGGAAAUCCUGGUGGAUUUGGACAACAACAAGGAUUCCCAGCUGCACAGCCUGGUGGAUUUCCACCAGGUUGGGGUCAGCCUGCUCCUAGUGCUAAUCCAUUCAUGUCUGCUGCCACACAGCCAAUAGCACCAAAAACAAAUUCAACCAAUCCUUUCUUAUGAUGGUGAUGGAUAGAUCUAUACAUUUUAGGUAAUCAGCACUGGACACGAAGAAUUUCAUGUUUGAUGACGUAGGAAAACAUGUUUUGAAACAACAUGGUGUGUCAAGCACAAUGUUAGCAGACAGCUAAACAAAAUUUUGUUUGUAUUAUUUACAACAGACGAGAUUCAAAUAUCAUCAAGUGUAACUCUAGUCAGUUAAAAAGUACAAAAAAAUAAGGGAAGGUAAAAUUCAUGAUUGCCUUACAUAAUCCAUGUAUAUGUUUUAUUAUUUCUAAACGAGUAUGGAGAAAAAAAAUAUGAUAUAAGGCAUUAGAUUUUUCUCUGUAAACAGAAAUAUAUUCGUGUGGCACUGUGUGGCCGACUUCAUGGCAAUUCUUUUUCGCAAUUUUCUUACUUGGUUCAUGUAUUCAUAUAAGUGAUGAUCUAAGUUUGAUACAUUUUCACAUUAUUUUUAUACUCAUGAAUGUUGCGUCAAUGAAUUGGUCUUAAAGUUAGUGACAGCUUUAAUUCUAUUAAACGAACAAAGACAAAUAUUUUCAUACAUUAGCAUCAUAUUUAUAAAGAUCUUGUCUAUCCUUCAUAAGCUUCAUAAUAUAUAGUUUUAAUAUGUAGGGUAACUUAUGAAUAUAUAUAUUUCAUUUUAGUCAGUAAUUGAUAGGUUUAGAUAUGACGUAAUUUAAGUUUAAGUUAUUUCCCUUGGCCGCCAUUUUGGAAAGGUUAAUCAUUGAUUUUACAAUUUGACAGAUCAAAUUGAAACGUAGAGUGCUAACAAGUCUGAUAAAAGAUCCUUACUAGAUCGUAGUGAUGAAUCAAGAAAGGAUGAAAUAAUUUUUGAUUGUGCACAGAACAACUUUUUCUAAAGUCUAGCCGUUAAUAUAAAGUAUAACAAGUUGAAUUUGGCUGAUUUAUGAUUGAAUUUGUGUACUUAGACCUCCAACAUGGCAUCAAAAGGGAUGUAACUCUUGCUCAAAUUGGGCUAAUCGAAACCUAUUGAUAGCAUUCUACUUGAAACAGAUUUAUUGGCUUUGUCAACUCAUGUAAUCAGCACUCUUUUGGUCAACUAAUGUAUUCAGAGCGCUAUUGGUCAACUAAUGUACUCAGCGCUCUAUUGGUCAACUCAUGUAAUCAAUGGCCUUUUAUGAGUCUUGUUGCUGUUGUUGAGUAGAAUGGAAUACCCAAUUUAAUCAGGUUACAACCAGAACUAUACAUAUAUUAACUGAUUUUUUUCAAGUGAUCAACUGUAUUUUACCAAGAGCCUUUUUAAAAAAAAAGGUGUUGAAAUAAAAAUGGAUCAGUACAACCUUAUUUAAAUCGAAAACAAGAUCACUUGACUCGAUCCUUUUCACUUGAACAUUAUUGGUCUAAUACUUAUAAAGCUCUUAAUAAAAUUCAAGUUAUAUGAUGCAGAAAUAAUUGUUAUUUACCAAGUGAAAACAAUUUAAAUGUGUGCUUUUUAAAUGCAUGCUGUUUUGUGUUCUUGUAUUUCGUUUGUUCUUUUUUGUUUGUUUGUUUAUAGAAGACAAAAAACAUUCCACAAGUUCUUCUUAAUCUUUACCAAAAACUAUGACAAGGACAAUCUUAGAAUAGGGUCAAGUUAUUGCAGGAAGCACUGUAUUGAUAAGAGCUUUUGUCUGUAUAAAUGUUUAUUCCAUGAGCAGAAGAGAAAUUGUGUUUUUUUGGGGGUGGGUGGAGAGGAGAAGAAGGAAAAAAAUGGCAUGUUCUUCUCAAAAGAUGUUGAAAGAAGUACAAUAAUUUAAAAGUUCACAACUGUAAAAGCAAGAUUAAAAUAAAACAUUUUAUUAGGUUUAUCCAGUCUGAUUAAAACCAUCCCCACUAUCCACUUGUGUUACAACUGCAAGUGGAUAGUGGGAGCUGGUUUUAAUCAGACUGAGGUUUAUCAAGACUCGAGUUUGUUAAUACUACUUUGCAUUGGAGAUAGGUUUGUUGUCUCUUUUCAAAAUUGUCUGGAAAAAAAAUUAAAUGCACUAACUGAUUGGUUGUUAGAUUGCAGAGUGCUCAAAAAGAGGUGGUCUGAAGAUUAUGACAGAAACAAAAAUUGAAAAGUUCGAACACAAAUUUGGUCUUUUGCAAUAGAAGUUAAAAAAAAAUCAGUGAGGACCAUUAAAUUUUCUUCAAGGACUACCAGGCAAAAAAAUAUUGAGAACUCUGAUGUUGUACAGUUUCAUUGAUAACCAUUGUCUUACAUAAUACAUGUACCAAGAAAUAACAUAUGUAACAAGAUAUUCAGAUUAGUUGUGAAAAUGAAAGAUUUUGUCAUAUUGGAAUUUUAUAUGUACUUGAAAUGUAUGGUAAAUUGUGGAUUCAUUUGUAUUUGUUGGAUAACAGUUUUUGUGGAUUAUGUGGUUAUAGGUGAAUCACAAAUUCAAAUGUUCCAACUACUUAUUAAUUUUCUAUAGGCUUGUAUGCAGACUUUGCCAAAGCUAUGAAAUCCAAUGCUAGUAUACGCUAAAAUACAAUUUUUCCUCAAUCAACGAAAAUAAAUGAAUCUAGAGUAAUAUGAUUAUAAAUGUAUUGAAUAUGACAUGAGGGUUGAUAGAAAUGGUUGUGAGAUGAUAUGAGUUGUUGUCUAAUGUGUGAAAGGCUGUUUUUACAUGAAUGCCAAGGGGCUGAAUGAUAGGUGUGAUUUAAUUGAAAAUUGCAGUUCAACUUGGAACCCUAAAAAUGAGUUGUCAAUCAAGAAUAGCUUUUUGGAGAAAUUACUUAAACAAUAUAGUAUUCAUACUAAAAGUUGGAAAUAUCUGUUGGAGCUUAUUACUAGGCAAAAGAAAACUUGGUAAAACAAAUAAAGGUUAUUCUAUUGAAAGUUCAAUUGUAGUCUAAGACUGUAGGGUAGAAACACUUUCCAUAAAGUAUAUAUAAGUAUAUAAGUAUGUAAUCUAAUUAAACUACAGAUCCUGUGUCCAAUCUUUGCUAACAAGGAUCUGAAAACGCUCCAUUCUACUUUCUGUUUUAAAGACCUUUCAGAAUCCUCUGGUUUUGUAGGAGUGAUACAUACCUUCAAAAGUUUUAAGGCAGAAAUUUCUUGGACGAAAGUAAUAAAACCAGAACAAAAAGCAUGAAAUGGAGUGUAGUCAUAUCCUUGUAAGAAAAGCUUGGACACAGGAUCUGUUUUUUAAUCAGAUUGAAAAGUAUGUGAAUAUUUGUGCUAGUGGAAGAAUUGUGGUAGUAGUUCGUGAGAAAGAGUUUUUUUAAAAAUAGGUUUCUAUGUGUUUAUCAUCUUUCACAUCAUCAUCAUUAGAAGUAGAAGAAAAUCAGACAUUAUAUUAAUGGUUUUUAUACAUGUAGGAAAAAAGAAUAUUAUAAGUUAUUACUUCAAAAAUAAUAAAUUUACUGUAAAUUCAGAAAUUAUUGCGUGCAUUUAUUAUUAUUGUGAAUUUUGAAGAAUGGACUGAAAUGUGAGAUUAAUUAUUGUGAUUUCUGGAAAAUCUGCAUAUAGUUAUAUGAACCAGAUAUCAGGAUGCAAGUUCUUAUUAUUGGGAUACUAAUUCACUAAAAACCACACAAUGAUUUCUGAAUUUACAGUACAUGAAACCAUGUUGAAAAUGAAAAAAAGGAAAACUUAAAGCAUAAUAAUUUAAACAUUGUGAUUACAAAACAGUACGAUUUUGUUAGUCAACUUUUGCUAAUUUAUUGACCCUGUUUAUUUAAGUAUAAGUCAAGUCUUCCAUUUCCCAUAGCAAUUUGGAAAUUCCUUAUUUGGCAAGGGAUACUAUUAGAUUUAGAUUUUGUGAGCCCAGUGUAAAUUUGUCGGAGAUAAAAAAAAAACUUUGGAAAUGAUGUGACUUUAGCUUUUCAAGAUAACAAAUCGGUAAGAUCUCUCAUGAAAAUUUGGAUGCCGUCGAUCUCAUAACUACAGUGAACUGAAAAGUAGUCUUUACCCACAAUUUUUUGUAAAAAGAAAUUCUGACGAUUGAUUGAUAGAAUUGCAAAAACAAUUUACCAAAUUUUUGUUGGAAAUAUGAUAAAUGAGUAGGUACUUUGAGAAAUUGUUAUGUAAGACUUUCAAUUUGGCUUCUGUAGAAGGAUUUUUUUUUUGCUGAUAUAUUAAUGACAACAUUAUUGUAGUAGUUAAACAAUUUUUAAGACGUUUUUGCCACUAGUCUUCUUUAGUAUCUUUAUUAACCUUCUCAACUACAUGGUAGACAUGUCACGUUCACAAUCAUUAAGAUGUUUAAGAAACGUCUCUAAGAAAUAGUUUCAUUACUACAAUAAUGUUAGAUUUGUUCCCUAUUGGAAUUUCUAAACAAGAAUUUAAUGACAAAAUUUAAAUUUUUAUUUUAGUCAUAUGACCUGUUGCUAAAUUUAUGCUUUAUCUUUAUGCCCACAGGCGAAACCAGUUUUUUCCCACUAUUUCUAGAAUUACUGAAAGUAAACAAUCUGAUGUAUGAAGAAAGUGUAAAUUUCUUUAUAAUAAUUGCUGGAUUGACAUUUUUCUUUAUAAAUACACCCCAAAAAGAUAAAAAUGUGAAGGUCAUAGUCAUCUUGGAGAUAAAACUCAAAUUUUGUUAGUAAUAUUAGCUAGCUAGUACUGGUAUGUUGUGAAUGCCAUGUUUAAUGGUGAUAUGUUUUAAUGAUGCUGUUUGAAUUUUACAGUUUGUUAUUUGUUUAUUUAUUUGUAGAUUGUUGUUGUUAUUUUUGCUGUGAAUAGUUAUAAUUUGUAAAAUUUGAAAAAAAAUUCCAAAGGAAUGAAUUUGUUUGUUUACAAAUUUGUCAGAAAACUUUCCUCUAUAUCGCCCAUAGAGACUGAAUACUUUUUCAUCCAUGUGGUGUUCCUUAACUGAAACUUUCUUGUGUACAUUUCUUUUCUAAUUUCAUUUGCUUUAAAUGGGAGCUGGUAAGAUUGAAAAAUACCUCAACAUAAGACUUUAAUAAAUACUCUAGAAAAAUCAAUGAAUUAAAGAAAAAAACAUGUGAGAAGUUAGACAGAGGGCAGGGGAGCUAACUCUUUAUAUCAGUAAUGCGUUUAAAAUAGCUAGUUCAUCAUUACUUUUUAAAGCUUUUAUGUGAAACGGAACUAGAAUAAGUUAUGUCCCUUAUCUUAAGUCAACAUUCUUCAGGGGCUUUAACUGUGUUAAUGUCAUGUGAGAUCAUAUAUAAUGGUUAAAGAAUUUUGCAUUGUUACCUUGACUUUGACUCGGGGGAGAAGUUUGUUUCAUUAUCAGCAGGCAAUACUCUCAAAAGAGUUUCACACUUGAGGUUUCAUUUCAAUCAUAAAGUACUGACUUUCACUAACUUUCAUCAUGUUCAAAAUGGUUAUCAUAUGUCUGUUUGGUUCAAGUUCACAUCUUGUACAUAAGAAUUGUUAAAAAAAAAACCAUUAUAAAUACAAGAACUUAAAUUAUGAAAUGGAUAUUAGCUAUAUAAAGUUCAAUUUUAAACCAUAUUCAUUUUGUAUUAUAUAUAGAUGCUGUUAUUCAUGCCACAUAUAACUGUUAUCAGGAUAAUGGAAAGAAAUCAAUGAAGACUUGAAUAAAGUGCAUUACAAGUCACUUUGAAAAGUCCACACCCUUAAAGAGAGGCAUUGAAGAUUUGUAAAUUGUUUUUGCUUUGGGUCAUUAAAUGACCAAAUGUCUUCCUUUUAAAUGUACAAAAUGAUUCUAGUUGAAGGUUUAAAUGGUUGUUGAACUAAGAAAAAUGUUGUAGCAUAAAGAAAGAGUUUGUUUGCCAAAAAAUAACGCAUGGUAAAUUUUUUGGUGUAAUUGAUUUCUAUACAUUUUGUGUGUAGAUAAUGAAAAAAAAAUGUCUUAAUGAACUUGUUUCCAAAUCUUUUUUGUUUCAAAAUGAAACAUAUCAGUUUUUCACUAAGCCGAAAAUCCAAGAUUGAAAAAAUUGUGAUAAGUAUAAAAAUCUGCGAUUUGACAUAUUAAUAAAUAAAUGGGUGAAUAAUCAAGUAAAAGGACUGAAGUUUUAAUGAAUGUUUGCACUGUGAAUAUGAAUGACAGAAAUAUUUUAAUAAGGUGAAUGUGCUGACUUUUCUCAUCAAUAUAAAAUUAUUUACAGUUUAUAUUUAUGUGCUAUGAAUGUUUAUUUCAUAUUUUCACAUUGUUAAUUUCAUUUUUUUAUUUGUACAUAAAUUUAUGUACAUUGCUUGUAGCUAUUGAUAUGUAUAUAUUCCGUGAUCAAAAGAACACUAUAAAUAUUAUGUGAUCAAUAUUACAUAAAUUUUACCACAUUA